GUAGCACCACAUCCAUACCCCUCUCUACGGGUACGUAGCUGCACGGACGCCUGUGACGUGCCCGACGCCACAUCACUGUGGGGCCGGACACUCACGUUACGGUGUCGACGUCAGAUGUUCAGAAAGCGAAAUUAAUUAGUCAGAAACGGAGGAAGCGGCAGUCGAACAGCAACAUUGCGAAGUUUUCAGGAAGAUGGAUCCAAAGGACGACAAGCGAAAGGCAUUAUGCAGCAGCCCUGUUAAUGUGAACAACCCACACCUGGAUGCACUGAAAAAUGACAUCCUCUACCACUUCAGUUUAGGAACCGGGACUCACAACCUUCCAGCUAUGUUUGGUGACGUCAAAUUUGUGUGUGUUGGGGGCAGUCCCUGGAGAAUGAAAUCAUUCAUUGAGUACAUUGCUGCUGAGCUCAGUAUGGAGGACCCCAAAUCAGAGUACCCAAAUAUCUGCGCUGGAACAGACCGCUAUGCUAUGUACAAAAUCGGCCCGGUGCUCUCUGUCAGUCAUGGGAUGGGCAUCCCAUCUAUUGCCAUAAUGUUGCAUGAGCUGAUAAAGCUCCUCCAUCAUGCACGUUGCACAGACGUUACAAUUAUACGCAUUGGGACAUCGGGUGGAAUAGGGCUUGAACCUGGCACUGUUGUCAUCACCAAGCAGUCGGUGGAUGCCACUUUCCUGCCCAAGUUUGAGCAGGUGAUCCUGGGGAAGACAGUGGUGCGCAAUACUGAUCUGGACCAAAGCCUGGCUGAGGAGCUGUUGCAGUGCAGCAAGGAGCUGAACCAGUUUGAGACAGUGAUAGGCAACACCAUGUGUACUUUGGAUUUCUACGAAGGACAAGCUCGUCUGGAUGGUGCUUUCUGCUCCUACACUGAGAAGGAUAAACAGGACUACCUCAAUAAAGCCAAUGAAGCAGGAGUCUGCAAUAUUGAAAUGGAGUCAUCCGUUUUUGCUGCCAUGUGCAAGCUGAGCGGUGUACGAGCGGCGGUGGUUUGUGUGACGUUACUGGAUCGGCUGAAGGGGGAUCAGCUGAGCAGCUCUCAUGCAGUUCUUCACGAUUACCAACAACGACCUCAGAUACUGGUUGGCUCCUACAUUAAGAAGCAGCUGAAGGCCAAAGCAGCAGGCCGAUAAGUGGAACAGUAAUUACACUUAUAUUCCAGCACUUAUGAUGAAACCUGUAAAACACUGAAAACAAAAUGCAAUGCAUUGCAAUGCAAUAACACAACUUUUUUUAUAAACAUUCUUUCUUGCUCACCAGUAACCAUAUGUCCAGAAACAUUAUGCACUUCCUUCGAUUCAUCCGUGACACUUGUUUAGUUUAUUGAUAAACCGGCUUGCUUCCUCCUGUAUUUUAAGAGUUAAAUGUUUUGUUGCAGCUUAUGGCCAUCAAAUAUGUCUUAUUUAAGGCUGCCUCUGUUUUAUACAACGUGUAACGUUCCUUAUCCACAAAACUUGAACUACUUCUUGACUUUUGGCAGGUUUAUGCUUCCAAAGGUGCUGUAACAAACUCACUCAUUCACACUGCAAGCCUUAGCACUCAAUUCAGGUUUAUUGCUCAGAUCUUUUUGCUUGGCUGUUCACAUUAUUUAAUAAUAUAAUAUUUAAAUGUGGGCCAUAUCAGAUUCCAGUGUGAACACGUCACGGUCCUGAACUGACCUGCUUGCGCAAAAGAUAUAAGACAUCAUACGAUGUCACAUGCUUACCAAAAAAACCCCAAAAAUGAAUGGUUAUGAGGGCCAAACACCUCCCUGUCCCUUCACAUAAAUUCAGACCGGACUGUUCACACUGAGGUCAAAAUUGGACCAGUAUCUGAUUUGGACCAUAUAUGUAUGAAAGUGGCCCAAAUCAGAUUCCAUUAGUGAUGUUCACAUGAAAAAAAAAACCCAGAUCUGAGUCACAUAUAAGCAACAAAGUCAGAUUUGGUCCUGCAGUGUGAAUGUAGCAUAUGACUUUAUCUGUCACUGAAAUGUUCCUUGUUUCAUGAAAACCAAACAAUUACUCUCAUAUUGAUAAAUGUGGUGUAUUCUUAUGAUAGUGUUGGUUGUUGCAAAACGUUGCAAAUAUGUAUCAUCUGGAGUAUCUUUUUUUAUGCAGAAUGUAUAUUGUGUUGUUUUUUUUUAGGAUUAGGCUUCUGAAAUGUUUCAUUCAGAACCUAAAAACUGCAACGAAAUGUCACAAAAUGUCAUUUUGAGAGAAAAAAAAUUCCACUGGAUGUCUUAUCACUAAUAAAGCCUCAUGCAGACUGAA